AAAAAGAGAGACGUCUGGGUUUGAAACUCGGCCGCCGAUUGGCUCAACGCGCCAAUUGUCGUCUGUUUAAAUCGGGAGCGGCACUGUGUUGGGCAAGUGGGAGCCUUACGUCUUUUUUCGCUUUUCUUUCGCCUUUUGGCUUGACGCAAGUUCAUCGACAGACGCCACGCUCAGAGCUGACCGAUGGCCUCUCAGAACUUGGACCCCGCUGCCUCAGCUGGAGGCGCUGCUGCCGCCAUGAAGGGCAACGAAGCUGGUGGCAACACUACCAAAGGAUCGGUCACCAAACGGCUCCAACAGGAGCUGAUGACGUUGAUGAUGGCGGGCGACAAGGGAAUCUCGGCCUUCCCCGAGUCUGACAACCUCUUCAAAUGGGUAGGAACCAUUGACGGCGCCCGCGACACGGUCUAUGAGGGUCUGCGCUACAAGCUGUCGCUCGACUUCCCAGCCGGAUACCCGUACCAGGCGCCGCGCGUGCGCUUCCUGUCGCCGUGUUUCCAUCCUAAUGUGGAUGAGCAAGGCUUCAUCUGCCUGGACAUCCUCAAGGACAAGUGGUCGGCGCUGCUGGAUGUGCGUGCCGUCCUGCUGUCAAUCCAAAGCCUGUUGGGAGAGCCCAACAACGAGAGUCCGCUUAACGCCGCAGCCGCUGCGCUUUGGCCAAAUCAAGAAGCUUACAAAGCUCAUCUGCACUCAACCUUCCACCUGUGAACCUGCUCCACUUUUUUUU